UUAUCUCUCAGUUCUGCCUCUGGCAACAGGUCAGAAGCAUUGUGGGUGGAACUUUCCCAGGUUCUGACAGUCAGACCAUGUGUCCUUUGUACAGCACACACUCCUGACAUCUGGGUGGGGGUCCAUUCUUUUGGCAACAGAAGCUAAUUUCACAGGCAUGAAUGAAAGUGACUGUUGUCCUGGAGCUCUUCUGAUUGGUUCCAUGCUGUGGGAAACUCAGAGUAGAUGGGGACCCAGGCAUUGUCAUGCAGACGUGAGGGUAUAAAGGCAGAGCUACAGACAACUCUCUGAAUGAAUCUCUUUUACUAACAGAGCCUAUAACAUGGCUGUCAACAGUGCAACCUGCCUCAUCUCCAGAGAGUAUCCUGCAGAUAAACUCACUACCAAACAGAAAAACAAGAUAAGGAAACCAAUGGUGGAGAAAAUGCGCAGAGACCGCAUCAACAGCAGCAUUAACCAGCUCCAGAAUCUCUUGGAGAAGGAAUUCCAGCUCCUCCAGCCUGAUUCCAAGCCAGAGAAAGCCGAUAUCCUGGAAUUAGCUGUAAAGUUCCUCAAGCAACAGAUCUGCAGCCAAUCAAAAAAUAAUAGAAAAGACUAUCAAGAUUUCAGUCAAGGCUAUUCUAACUGCCUCCAUGAGACAUUUGCCUUCCUCUCUUUUCACCGUACAGAGGAGGAGAUGCAACUUAAACUGAUGAAUCAUUUUCAGUGCUUGGACUCACAGCCCAGAGGCAUUUCAGUCUCUUCUUCCCAUCAAAAGGGGCCUGGGCCAGUGGCCAGCACAAAGAUACUUUGGAGGCCGUGGUAGAGGGCAAUACUAAACAACAGAAUGAUAACACAAGCAGAGGUUAUUUGUGUUUUGAUCUUUGCUGCCACCCUUGUGGAUGAUUACAUUCAUACAUUUACUGCUUCAUAAUGAAGAAUAUAUAGUCUGUACAAAGGAUCCUACAUUGUUUUGAUGGGGCUAAAUAUAUUAUGCACUGUAUUUUAUCUUUUUUUUUUUUUUAUUAAAAAUGUUUAUAUAAAGAGAUAUAAUAGUUACCCUGAGGUUGAAUGCAGGCAGGCCGGACUUGCAGCCCUCUGGCAAUAUUGUCCUGAGGAAAACUUGCAAAUUCUGCAAUGGUUAAUCCAUGGCACUUAAGAUACAGAAUUAGAUGAAAUUUUAUAGUAAAGACAAUCAUGAUAAAAUGAAUGAGUAUAUAUCAGAUAGUUCUAUCAGUGUGUUAAAAUGUCUCUUGGAUAUGCUUAGGACUUCUACAGUCAUACUGAGUCAGCAAAGUACUUACAUUGUUCUACAAUAUUUGUAGGAUAUCUCUAAGUUAUGAUUAUAAUAACUGUGUAUAAAAUAAGUGGUUCACUGUUGGACCUGUGAAAUCAAUUAUAAUAUAUUGCACAAGUAAGCUGGAAAUCAGCUAUAUAAAGAUCAUUGUAAUAAUGGUUCCUAUGCAAAAAAAUAAAGUGGCCUUUGAAUAAA